AUGGCCGGGUCUCCAGUGAUCCUCAGUGUCAUCGUCUUGCUGUCCACCUUCCCAGGGCCUAGCGUCGGAGGCCGCCCCAUGCCCAAGCUGGCCGACCGGAAGCUGUGUGCGGACGAGGAAUGCAGCUAUCCUAUCUCCAUGGCUGUGGCCCUUCAGGAUUAUGUAGCCCCCGACUGCCGCUUCCUGACCAUACACAGGGGCCAGGUGGUCUACGUCUUCUCCAAGCUGAAAGGCAGAGGGCGACUCUUCUGGGGAGGCAGCGUUCAAGGAGAUUACUAUGGAGACACGGCGGCCCGCCUGGGCUAUUUCCCCAGCAGCGUCGUCCGCGAGGACCAGACUCUGAAACCUGGCAAAGUGGACGUGAAGACUGAUACGUGGGAUUUCUACUGCCCGUGAGCUCGGCCCUGCGGUCAGUCCACGACGUCGUCCGCCCCUGCCUUUACGCAAAUACACCAG